CAGAGGACGUGCCAACCACUACAAUGGGCCCCCACUUAAUCAAAACCAUAAAGCCCACCACCUUCCUCUGCUCUUUCUUCUCCAAUUCCUCCUCUCCCUCCCUCUCUCACAUCCAACCCCAAACAAUGUCUUCUCUUAUACGCAACACAAGCGCCUUAAACCUAUCGGCGCCGCCUCCGUCUCCAAUCCCCACCGGAAAAGGCUCACGAUCCGCCGCCAACGAAAACUUCUCCGAAUACCUCGAUAAAACCUUCAACAUUCCCGAUCUCUCCCUCCCUGCACCUCACUUUCCACUAUACAAUAACAAUGACUACGCCGAUCACGAUCACGAUCACGAUCAUGAUGAUGAUCGGACGGAUACAUAUAUUCCGGAGAAAAUUGAUUACCGGUUGUUGGAAUUAGGUGAUUAUGAGACGAUUGAUCGGCUGUUACGCUCGGCUAGAGAGUUCGGUGUGUUCAUGAUUAUUGACCAUGAGAUUUUUUAUGAUCAUGAUGAUCGUGAUUUGUUGCCGUUGCUACACGUGGAUGUUGAUCGGGUUUUUUGUGAUUUGGAGAAGGGUAGUUUUGGUAAUGAGAAGAAGGGGAAUAUUUCUUGGGUUCGUUCCAGUGAUAAACGUAUGAAAUGCACAAGAUCUCAGUUUGUGACUGAUAGAUAUGGGAGUUUCAGUGAAAAGAUGGAGAUAAUUGCGAGUAAACUGGAUGAAAUGGCUGAACAAUUGCGUCAUAUAUUUGUGGAAAACAUAGCAAGAUUGCAAUUUGGAAGUAGAAUUCAAGGGAACGAGUCUGUGCUCAGUUUAUACAGAUACUCGGGCAAUCAUAGUUCGGUACAAAAUCCAUUGUCAUCAACUGAUCAGACAAGCAGCAAACAUAGUGAUCAUACUUUGUGUCUUCAUCUGCCUGCAACGCGGUCUCAGUUUCAUGUCCAGUCUGCAAGUGGCCCUUUGUCUUUUCAUGUUGGUCCAGACACCAUUGUUGUCACUGUUGGACAACGUAUUGAGGAAUGGAGCAUGGGCGAUUUCAAAUGUGUAUCUAGUGAAUUAAUCUGUGAGCCAGAGCUCGAAGCAAACAAUGCUACAUUCUCUAUAGAGCUUAAAUGCAAGUCAUUAGAUUUAGAUGCAAGUUCCAACAAAAAUAAUUGUAACACAAUCACUAUAAGACACCAAAUCCUAGUGAUGGUAGUCAUUAUUUUCUUGUACAAAAUUAUUAUGUUUCUUUUCUCAUAAUCUGCUACAACACUAGAAUUUAGCAGCAGGUUCGUACAGAGUUUGAUUUUGAUAGAGAGAUUCUCAUAGUUAGGUUCGUUUAACCGGAUCAACCGGCGGGUCGGCUUGAAUUGGCUUGGAUUUUAUGGCGACUAAAGAGCUGAAAGACGUGUUGUCAUGGGCCUUUAUUGGAUGGGUUUGCUGUUUGUGGGCUUUAAAAGGUAUUUUGGGCUUUCCUUUUGGGCUUUUGAUUCAUUUAGAAUCAGUUUUGGGGUUAAGAGCCUACAGACUCUUCUAUGAUUGUUUGAUCUGAUUGUGAAUCCAUACUUUAUAUAUUCAGCCUGAAUUUUGUUAA